AUGGAGGACAUGAUGGGAGAGAUGCUUGCUUCGCAGCAGAGCAUUAAAAGCGACUUGCAGUCCAGUAAUGAAACAAUGCAAGGAAUGCAAAGUGCCCAGAAGGAGCAUAGGGCAAAUAUGGAUAUGAUGAACAUGCAGUUGGCCCAGCUCGCUAACUCGGUGGGCGAAAUGAAAGGGAACUCAGGGAAACUCCCAUCUACAGUCCAUGUACCUGAAAAGGCAAAUAACCCUAUUGGGGAGUUUAGUGGAGCAAAGGUGCUGAGCGACACCGUCUUAGUGGAAGAGCUCAAGAGGCCUCUGCCUCAAAUGGAGGAUCCGUUUUUUCUAAACGAGAAGCCUACUGCGGAAGGAAAGGAGGGAAAAACACAACCUGGAAACGAGCAACCUGAAGGAGCAAUACCCGCAUCGGGACCUCAACCCCAGGAGGCACCAAAGGAAAUUCCACCAAGGCUAACUGAAGAGGCUAAGGGAGAAAAGCCGUUUCCAUAUCGGUUUGUUACGAAGAGGAGGAAAGAAAACCCUGUGGAUUUCAUGUCAAUCUUCGGAAAGCUGGAUGUCACAAUACCAUUCCUCCAAGCCGUGAGACUGCCCCCUCUGGGGAAGUUUAUAAAGGAGUUCAUAGCCGGAAAGGCCCAGGAGGAUGGAAAAAUUAUGGUGGAAGGGAUAGCGUCAGCUAUUGUACAGGAGAAACUACAACCCAAGAGAGCCGACCCAGAAUUUCUUGAGACCGAAUUAUUGCAGGAAAAACUCCAAGUCUUGGAUGUGUAUACCCAGGCUGAUGUGGAAGCAGCUGCAUGGUGUGAUCUAAUCAGUAGCCGAGGGUUAACUGACGAGGAGAUCGAAGAAGCAAUUACAGAAUUCUGUCAGAAGUCGGAACUAGCGGGAUCCGUAGGGGCUUUGCUACCGGCCAUUAUGGAGGAAAAAUCAGAUGGUGAACAAGAGCGAGAGGAGGAUUCAAAAAAGAACCCUCUACCUACAGACACACUACCCCCACAAGUGGAGUUGAAAAGGUUGCCAGCGAACCUUAAGUAUGCCUACCUCGGGGAGGAAGACUCGUUCCCUGUAAUCAUCAAUAGCGGGCUGACUGAAGAGCAAGAGGCAAGACUACUAACUGUGCUGAGCAAAAACAAGAAGGCUAUUGGAUGGAGCCUUACGGACCUGGUGGGGAUAAGCCCGGACGUCUGCAUGCACCACAUUAGGCUGGAGGAGGGAGCCAAGGCACAUAGAGAUUCGCAAAGAAAGGUGAACCCAAACAUGCGGGAAGAGAUACUGAAGGAAAUCUUGAAGUUACUCUCACUGGGCAUUAUAUACUCGGUACCCGAUAGUGAAUGGGUCAGCCCAAUCCAUAUGGUCCCCAAGAAGUCAGGGAUCCAGGUGGUUAAGAAUGAGAGGAAUGAGCUAGUGCCCACCAGACUAGUCACUGGAUGGCGAAUGUGUAUAGAUUACCGAAAGCUGAACACUGCAACCAGGAAGGACCAUUUCCCCCUGCCAUUCAUCGAUCAAAUGUUGGAGCGACUGGCUGGGAGGAAGUACUUCUGCUUUUUGGAUGGGUACAGUGGUUACUUUCAAAUCUACGUGAACCCGGAGGACCAGGAUAAGACCACGUUCACUUGUCCGUUUGGAACCUAUGCGUAUAGGCGUAUGCCGUUUGGCUUAUGCAACGCCCCCGGUACUUUCCAACGGUGCAUGAUGAGCAUAUUCUCAGAUUUGAUUAAAGAUUGUAUAGAGAUCUUUAUGGAUGAUUUCACUGUCUACGGAGACUCUUUCGACUCGUGCUUGCAACAUUUGGAUGCGGUGCUAGAAAGAUGCCAAACAAAGAGCCUGGUUUUAAAUUUUGAGAAAUGCCACUUUAUGGUUACAGAAGGAAUUGUCUUAGGACACGUGGUGUCAGAAAAGGGAAUCCAGGUGGAUCAAGCUAAGGUGGAUGUCAUAUCCAAACUACCCUUCCCUACUGAUCAAAAAGGAAUAAGGGGUUUUCUGGGCCAUGCUGGAUUUUAUCGAAGAUUCAUCAAGGAUUUCACCAAGAUUGCCCAACCCCUUACCAGACUUCUCCAGAACGAGGUGGAGUUUGUUUUCGACGAGCAUUGCAAGGCUGCUUUCGACCUCCUUAAGGAAAAAUUGAUCUCUGCACCGAUUAUUCAAGCUCCUAACUGGGAUCACCCCUUCGAGGUGAUGUGCGAUGCUAGUGACUAUGCAGUGGGGGCCGUACUGGGUCAGAAGAUCGAUGGGAAGAGGCAGUACCUACUAGGAUCCAGAGUCAUCGUCUAUACUGAUCAUGCGGCCAUUAAGUAUCUCAUUGCGAAGAAAGAGUCAAAACCCCGAUUGAUCAGAUGGGUGCUGCUUUUACAAGAAUUUGUUUGGGUGGUAGAAGACAAAAAGGGGGUUGAAAACAAAGUAGCGGACCACUUGAGCAGAAUAAUACAAGAAGGGAACAGUGAGGAUGUGAGAGAUCGAUUCCCGAAAGAGCAUUUGUGUGAAGUGAUUUUCUCCGCAAGGAAGAUCGACUGGGAAGAAGUAAUGAGGCUUACUGGGCAGGACGCAACAACCAAGGGCAAGGAGAAAGUAGGACAUGAACCCUGGUAUGCGGACUUGGCCAACUACCUAGUGACGGGAGAGCUACCAAUGGUGCCAAACGUGACAAAGGCUCAGAGGAUGAAGAUCAAGAGUGAAGCAAAGUAUUAUUUCUGGGACGACCCAUACUUGUGGAAGGCAGGAACCGACCAAGUUAUAAGGAGAUGUGUUCCUGACUAG